AAACCCUUAUAGAAAUAAUAGAAUAACAUAAUCUGAUCUAAGAAACAACUACGAACCCUCUUUUGAUUCUUCUUCUUCUUUUUCUUUCAAGGGGGCCAGCAGAUCAAAAAGUUGUUUUUGAGUGGGAUUUGAUUCUCACUUUAUAAAUGGGUAGAGAUAUUGAGUCACCUGAGCUUCGUAGAUUCUCAGUUGACUCUUCUACUUCUACUUCUUCAACUGAAUCAAGUUUUCGUGAACUGGAUGAUGUCUUCUUGCAGACUCAAACAAGAAUAUGGCUCGGGGAAGUACUGCAUACUAGAUUGAAUGAGGAGGUGCUUAUUGCUGAUUUACUUGCCGAUGGAAAAUUGCUGUUUCAAGUUUCCUGUGUAGUUGGGAAAAUGCUUUUGACCAAGUGUAAGGAUCUAAGAACUUCAAAAUCUUAUAUGGGUGAAAAGGCUGAAUCUGAAAAGAGAAGUAGGAGAUACAUGCGUUAUUCUAAUGUCGACUCGUUUUUGAAGAUCUGCAAUAUGUUAGGAUUGACAGGGAUCGAUCUAUUUUCCCCAUCAGACGUCGUCGAGAAGAAAGGUAGUCGAAGAGUUUGCAUGUGCAUUCGUUCCCUUUCAAAGAAAGCCAGGUUGAGAGGCUUAAAUGUACCAGAUUUUGAUGUUGUCACCUAUACAAUAGCCAUGCCAACGGAUAUGGUGAAAGGCAUCCGCAGAAGCUUGGAGAAAGCACAAUAUAGAAUUUUGACCUCUGCUGAUUCAGAUUCAGGCUUGGAUACAAGACCAAAGUACUGUCAGAAAAACUGGGUUGCCGACUGUGUCAAACAGCAUGAUUCAUAUUCGGAAGAGUCUGAUGAUGCAGAAAGUAAUUAUAAUGCAUUUGGGUCUGAUAGCCCUGUUUCAAGUGUUUUGACGCAGAGUACACCUGUGGUGGAAGCUCAGGGUGAAGUGGAACGUGAAAGUGGUGCAUGUCAGUCAAUGAGUAUAUCUGUGAUGAACGGCUCACAUCAUGAGCAGCACCCAGAAAGUAAUUACCCGCCAAGAGCGAAAACUUUGAGAGAUUAUACAUCGGAAAGAGAUUAUCUUGGUUUUGAAUCGGGUAAUGCGGAUUUUGUUAGUCAUGAGGGUGGAAACACGUUGCCAUUUAAUUUACAGCGGCAUACAAAUUCUCUCGGCUCUAACUCAGUAGAUAGGGAUUCAAGAUGCGAGCUUAUAAGAAGUUUUUCCGAGGAAAUAGAAGAUUUUGAAGCAUCUUCUACCUACAGUGGGAACUCUAUCUCUGGUACAGUGGGAACAAUAGAUUAUGAAGAUCCGUUUGAAGCAGAAGAUGACAGUUUCAAUAGACAUAUCCCACAGCUUCAAAUUAUGGACUCUGGUUUGAUGGAUGCUUGUUCUGUGAGUGACUAUGAACCUUUGGAGAUGAUUGGUUACGAGGAUGUGGGGUCUGCCUGCAAACACCUAGCAGGCGCUGAAACGGGACCGGACUUUGGGAAAACUCAAAACUCUAUUGUACCAGAUGAAAAAUCCUUCUCUGUCCCAAUGAGUGAUAUAGCAGGAAUUAUCUAUAACAGAAAUGACGAAGCAGAUCUUCAUGGUGGUAAUGACGGGUAUUUCCCACAAAUGCAUGAACCGAGUAGCUUGGCAGCUCAGGACAUUGAUAAAUUGAGAAGUUCCAAGUGGGAUAUUGGAGUGCUGACAUCUCCUUCUGAUUCUCCAUGUUGUCUAGAAGGGUCUGAUGCUGAUCCUGAUGAUUGUGAUGGUACACGGACUCCCAACAUUCUUUAUGUAGAUAAACUUGUUGUGCAUCAUAAUUAUGAUGUUCCUUUAAGCCCUAGUUCACUGAGACCAGUGAAUGAUCUUUAUGAAACACCAGCAACUAGUGUUCACAAAGAUAAUAAUGAUCAACAUCUUGUUGAUGAAAAAAUCUUUCUAGUAGGUCCAAAAGCUGCCACAAGUCAGGACAAGGAUGUCGUCUAUACCACGGACACUAUUGGCAAGUUGGAAUCUCUUCUUGUUAUUCUUUUUCCCCGAUGUGAGGACAUAGAAAAUCUGAAGAUCGAGAAACAUGUGGAACAACCAAAGAGUAAGCAGCGCAAGGCUGUGAUACUGAAAUCAGUUGCUGGGGGAGUUACACUACUUGGUGUGUUUCUCUUAUUUCAACUCAGGAGAAAGGAUGGUAAAGAGAAGAUUAAAGAAACACUUGUACCUUCUGUACAGAUUAAUAAACCAGGUCCUGGAGAAGCUUCCAGUUCCAGACAAAACAAACAACAUGGUAACCGACUAGAUAGAGUUUACCCUGGCGGAAAAUUUAAAUUUUAGUGUUAGAGAUCAGAAAUUAUAAACAGGAAGGUAGAACAAAUGUAGACUUGCAGGUACAGAGUACAGUUUUAGUUACUUUAGGUACUACGAAGUAUGUUCAAAAUUCUUAGUUAAUUGAACAUUCAAAAGCAGAAACUUCCAGAUGCCAGGUGAAGAAUUGAACUUGUGCUUCGGAAUUGAUUAGAGGUAGAACUGGUAACAAGGUUUGCUCGACUAGCUUCUAGCGUUGUAUAUCAUUGGUUUUGAGUACAAUUCGUAAUUCGUAUUUUUUAUUGUUAGAUUAUUGUACCAUGUAACGUAAUUCACUUAUCUUAAUGUAAUGCCAGAACUGGGGAACCCUGAUCUCACUGCAAGAACAUUAAGUACUUGUGAAUUCUGUUUCUUUCUUGGAAACUUUUGAUUUGAGCAA